AUGAAGACGAUACGCGCUGUGACACUAAAGGCUUUCGGCGGGGCAGACAUGCUGCAGGUUUCACAUAUCCCCGAGAUCACCCUGUCGCGCCCCAAUGACGUCCUCAUCCGAGUGAUGGCGGCUGGUGUCAACCGCGCUGACAUAUCGCAACGCCGCGGCCACUACCCGCCGCCGAAGGGCUGCAGCGAGAUUCUGGGCCUCGAGGUUUCUGGAGUGGUGGAGAAAGUGGGCGACGCUGUGACUCGUGUCAAGGAGGGCGAUCGCGUCAUGGCACUUCUCAGUGGCGGUGGCUACGCUGAGCAGGCGGUUGCCCACGAGGGCACUGUCAUGAAAAUCCCAAAGGGAUACUCCUUUAUCGAGGCUGCAGCGAUUUCUGAGUCGUACCUCACCGCCUGGCAAUCGCUAAAGAUUCACUGCAACCUGCAAGAAGGGCAAAAAGUGUUGGUUCAUGCCGCUGCCAGCGGUCUUGGAGUUGCCUCUAUGCAGCUGGCAGAUAAGUUCUUCGGUGCGACAGUUGUUGCCACCAGCUCAGCAGAAAAAGUGGAGUUCUGCAAGAAGUUCGCAAGCGUCGCGGUCGACAGAGCGCCGGAUGAGGGGGGGAAAUGUUUCGCCAACAAAGUUCGCAAUGCCGUGGGAGACGAGAGUAUCAACGUCAUCCUCGACCCAGUUGUGGGCGGCACGUACUUGGCGGAGGAUGGGGAGGUGCUGACGGAGGACGGCAAGGUUGUGCUCCUUGCAUACAUGGGUGGGCCGAAGGUUUCCUUCGACAUGAUUCCAUUCUUUCGAAAGCGCGCCGCACUCAUUUUCACAAAGCUGCGGAAUCAAACAGAUGAGUACAGGGGUGAACUGGUGGGGAGUUUCGAGAAAGAGGUGAUCCCAUACUUUGAAGAUCGUGUGAUUGCACCUGUCGUGCAGAGUACAUUCUCUCUCGAGGAUGUUGCCGCGGCGCACGAUAUCAUGGAGAGCAACAAAACGUUGGGAAAGAUCGUCCUGAAACUGUAG